AUGAAUGGAAUUUUGAAAGGUGCUAUGAUGCAGAAUAUUGAAAGCCUGGAAUGUAAAAAUCAAACAGUCAUCAAGGAAUUCAUCUUGUUGGGGUUUAGAAAUAUCCAGGAUAUGAAGAUUUUUCUACUAUUGGUGUUUUUGGUGGUCUAUCUAAUGACCAUGAUGGCAAACAUCCUCAUUAUCAUGCUUGUUUUGGCUGACCUACGUCUUCAUACUCCUAUGUAUUUCUUCCUGGGAAAUUUAUCCUUACUGGAGACCCUGUACAGUUCAACUAUUUCACCUAGAAUGCUGGCUAGUUUGGUAACUGGAGACAGAACUAUUUCAAUCAGUGGAUGCUUUGUGCAGCAUUAUUUAUUUGUAUCAUUAGCAGCUGUUGAAUGUUAUCUCCUUUUUGCAAUGUCCUGUGAUCGGUGUUUGGCUAUAUGUAAACCUCUUCAUUACGUAUCCUUAAUGAAUGGCCAAUUAUGCCUCAAGAUGGCAGCUGGGUCUUGGAUAGCCGGUUUUUUCGCUAGCACUGUGACAAUAAUAUUAAUGUCGAGGUUAGUUUUCAGUGGUCCUAAUGAGAUCAACCAUUUCUUUUGUGACACUUUCCCUAUUAUCCAGUUGUCUCGCAGCAACACUUUCUUUUUAGAAACACUAAUUUUGGUAUUCGUAGCUGUAUUCACCCUUCCCCCAUUCACACUCACCUUAAUGUCAUAUGUAUUUAUUAUUAUUGCCAUCCUCAAAAUUCCAUCUACCACUGGAAGGAAAAAAGCUUUUUCUACUUGCUCCUCCCAUCUCAUUGUGGUGGCAAUUUAUUAUGGCACAAUAGCAGCUGUGUAUAUCUUACCAGACUCCACUUCUCUCAGAGACUUGAAUAAAGCUUUUUCUAUCUUUUACACCAUCCUAACACCUCUGGUCAACCCUCUCAUAUACAGUCUGCGAAACAAAGAUGUAAAAGACUCUUUUCAGAAAUUUGCAAUGAUAGUAUUUGGCAAAGCUCAGACAAUAAACCAGAAAAAAUAA